CCGCAGCGAGAAAGUCACGGACUCGAUCGUGUGGACGCUCUGUCAACUCGUCGCGCAGCUCUCGAACGCGAACGACCCUAAGGUGUUCGCGUCCGUCUUCGUCGGCAUCUCCGAGCUCCUUCAAGACGCGUCCGAGGCGCUGGAAAUACAGCUGUCGUCGUCGACGCGCGGUUUCAAACCCGGGCAUCACGACGGACACGGCAACUCGGUCGUGUUGUGCUGCUUCAAGGACGCGCUGAGGCACUUGUGCAUCGCGGACGGCGGGACCGGGACGCCGCCGCUGCGAUCGGGCUCGAACGCGAACACGAGAACCACGAGAGGAGGAGACGGCGCCUCCAAGUCGACGGCGGCGAAGACGACGACGAACGGCGCCGCCGACGCCGCGAUGGACGUCGACGCGAACGACAUCGGGCUCAUGGUCGAGGUCAACGGCGUGGACGCCGCGGUGACGCUCGCGUCUGCGGCGUGCAAGCUGUUGAACAACGCGCUGCGGUUAUCCCCGCAAGCCGCGGCGGGGUACCUCUCGCCGUCGCACGCGACGGCGAUGGCGUACGUCUGCGGCGGCGGCGGCGGCGGCGCGGGGCUGGCGAACGACUCCGCCGCGGUCGGGUUACGCCACGCCGCGCUCGCCGCGCUCCGGGGCGUCGCGACCGAGCUCCCGAGCUCAGUCCUCCCCGCGGAGACGUGCUUGCGUCACCUCGCGGUCGCGCUGCGUGAACGCGCCGCGGGCGGCGGCGGCGCGGUUCCGCCGGCGGGACGCGAACGCGACGCGUUCGACGCCGAACUCGCGGCGUGCAUCAACGCCGUUUUGGACGUGUGCGACGACGCCGCGAGCGCGGCGGCCGCGGAACCGCUCUCGGAAGCGGCCGCGGCGGUCAUCACCGCGGGAGAAGGCGUCGUCGCGGACGCGCUGCGCGCGGCGUCGUUGAGAGCGCUCGCGGCGUGCGUCAACGCGCGCGGGGACGCCGUCGCGUCGACGCUCGCGUCGUUGUUACCGCACGCCGGAUCCGAGGACGUCGCGGACGCGCUCGUGGAGUGCUUAGAGCCCGCUUUCAAAUCGAGGGGGGCGGGAGUAGAGAGUGGAAACGCGAGCGAGGCUGAGCGCGCGAAGAGAAGGCGCGUGUCCGCGGGCGUCGACGGCUGGGUCGGCGGGGGCGGACGCGGCGCGAGAGACGCCGGCGCCGGUCCCGGGCCGUCGUCCACGCGCGACGGCGACGAAGCCGCGCUCGCGUGGAUAGAGGAGUGCGUGAUCACCGCGCUGUCGCAGCUCGCCCCGGGGCCAUCGUCCGGGCACGGGAGCGGCGACCGCGCGGCGGCGGCGCCGAAGCGCGCGCGCUGCGCCGCGGGGUUGGCGCGCGUCGCCGCCGCCGCCGCGGGGGGCGGCGCCGCGAAAUUGUUACACGCGGGGAUCAGCUCCAUGCACGAGUGGCUGAAGUGGACGCGAAGGGCGCACGACACCGGAGACGGCGCCGCCGCGCGCGCGUUCGCCGCGGUCGUCGACGCCGCGGACGCGCUCCUGCGCGCGCGGCCGACGGAGGAAACGAGCGGAAACGCCGCGUUCCACGAGGACGACCUCACCGUCGACGUGUUGCUAUGGCCGUGGAGUACGGGCGCGGAGGAAGCCCCCGCGGACGCAGCGCGCGCGGCGAAGGUGGCGUCGCUGCGCGCGGUCCUGUCCGCGACCGCGGCGAGGGCGAAGGCGACGACGAACGCGGCGGCGGCGGCGCGACGGACGUUGAGCGCCGCGGUGUCGGACAAGGACCCCGGGACGAGAGCCGCGGCGGCGUGCGCGACGCCCGCGGCGCACCUCCUCGCGGCGCAGAACGUCGACACGC